UGGGGGCAGGCGAAGCGGCGUGCGCCUGCGUGCUGCGAUGUCGUCCCCUGUCUCGAGGCGGCCCCUGACGCUAACAGAUCGUGUUGCCUCUGGAAUUCUGAAGUUCAAACUUAGAAUUCAAGCUACAACCCUCUGAAAAUGAUCAGUUUAAAAUGCAACAUUCUCUAGUUUUACAGUCAAAACGUGUGGGGAAAACCAAAAAUCGGGUUUUCCCUGAGAAAUAUUAACCUCACCGAAAGCACCUGCUUGCCGGGGACAGAGGAUGUGAUGGAGCUGCUUGAAGAAGAUCUCACGUGCCCAAUUUGUUGCAGUUUGUUUGAUGAUCCCCGAGUUUUGCCCUGCUCACACAACUUCUGCAAAAAAUGUUUAGAAGGGCUCUUAGAGGGGAAUGUGCGGAAUUCAUUGUGGAGACCAUCUCCUUUCAAGUGUCCUACCUGCCGUAAGGAAACUUCAGCAACUGGAGUCAAUAGUCUGCAAGUUAAUUACUCCCUAAAGGGUAUUGUGGAGAAAUACAACAAAAUCAAGAUUUCCCCCAAAAUGCCAGUGUGCAAAGGACAUUUGGGACAGCCUCUCAACAUUUUCUGUGUAACUGAUAUGCAGCUCAUUUGUGGGAUCUGUGCUACUUGCGGCGAUCACACUAAGCAUGUCUUCUCUUCUAUUGAAGAUGCCUAUGCUCAGGAAAGGGAUGCCUUUGAGUCCCUCUUUCAGAGUUUUGAGACUUGGCGCCGGGGAGAUGCUCUUUCCCGCUUGGACACUUUGGAAACAAACAAAAGGAAAUCCCUACAGUUGCUCACUAAAGACUCAGAUAAAGUCAAGGAGUUUUUUGAGAAGUUACAACACACAUUAGAUCAAAAGAAGAAUGAAAUCCUGUCUGACUUUGAGACUAUGAAGCUUUCAGUUAUGCAAGCCUAUGACCCAGAGAUCAACAAACUCAACACUAUUCUACAGGAGCAACGGAUGGCCUUUAACAUUGCCGAAGCUUUCAAAGAUGUGUCAGAACCUAUUAUAUUUCUGCAACAGAUGCAGGAGUUCAGGGAGAAAAUCAAAGUAAUCAAGGAAACUCCUUUGCCACCCUCUAAUUUGCCCACAAGCCCUUUAAUGAAGAACUUUGACACCAGUCAGUGGGAGGACAUUAAACUAGUCGAUGUGGAUAAGCUUUCUUUGCCUCAAGACACAGGUGUGUUCAUCAGCAAGAUUCCCUGGCGCUCCUACCAGUUGUUGAUGGUGGUAGUUCUGCUGGGUCUCCUCAUGUUCUUUGGUCCUACCAUGCUCCUGGAGUGGUCUCCAUUGGAUGAGUUGGCAGUUUGGAAAGACUAUCUUUCAAGUGUCAGUUCUUACCUGACUAAAUCGGCUGAUUUUGUAGAACAGUCUGUUUUUUUCUGGGAACAGAUGACAGAUGGGUUUUUCAUUUUUAGUGAAAGAGUCAAAAAUUUUAGUUUGGUGGCAUUGAACACUGUUGCAGAAUUUGUGUGCAAAUAUAAACUACUAUAAAAUCUUUCAACUACACAGUUCUGUUUCUUGAUGGGAUUGUUAGAGAACACAGGAAUAAUUCAGAUUUGGUCAAGAUUCCAGCCCACUGUUUCUUUUAGAAGUACUCCUUUAAUAAUGUUUUUUAAAUGUUAUUCAAAUGUGAACAUAAAGAUGAAAGUGAAGUUUAAUAGUCCCAACCCUCCCUUCCUUUGUAAAGACAGUUUGAAAAUAAUUACUCUCCCUCUAGUGUUCACUGAAUUUGUCCUGUGGCACAUGGCACAUGAGUGAUCUCUUGAGCCUGGGACUUUGAGACCAGUCUGAGCAAGAAGUAAGCAAGCAAGAGAGGGAGUUGAGAGUAUACAUGAUUUAACAUUGCAUCCAGGACAUAGAGUACACAUGAGCUACCACCUCAUUGGCUCAGGUAAUGUAGUGCUGAGUCAUCAAGGGUACUGUGAAAGGAGCAAAGUAACUUUUCUGACUGAACAUUCCAAAAAAGUAAAGACUGUUAAUACAUUGGAUUCCCAAGUUUGUUUUAGAGGAGUGUUUCUCAUGACAGUGUAAAUGUAAUUUUGGAAACUCAAUCUCUCCCUCCUGUUAUUGCUGACAAGCCUGACCUGGUAGUCCUACCUCAGGCCUCCCAUGUAUUGGCAUUACAGUGAGCUGGGUACUUUUCACUAAAGGCGACACAGCUGUAGGUCGCUGUGUAUACGAAAGGGCAGGAGUUGGGAAAGCCACUUUCUAACUGGUACCUAAUGUUGUAGUUGUGCUCUACAGUACCACGGCAACUGUACAACCAGCCCAGGUCACUUGCCUACAGUUCUGACAACAGAAGAGAUAGUUUGUUAGCACAGAUAAAAUAUAAAGUCAUCAGGUGAAGACUCAUCCUCUCUGCUUGUAGAGAAAAAGAUGGCCACAGGACAGAAGUAUGUAAUUUUCUCACCUUGCUUAGAAUUCAAAUGAAAACAAAGAAACCUUAAAACUGUUUUUAGUCACCUUGUUUCUUUCUUGGGAAAAAGGGCCCUUGAAAGCCCAUUAAGUGAAACUGGGUUUUAGAGAGCUGUGUCUUUACCUCAUCUUUUGAUUGAGAAGAACAAAAUGAUCAAGGAUGAGAAAAGCUGGCAACUCAAAAGCACAGAAAAUGUGGGCAGUGGUGGUGCAUGCCUUUAAU